AGGAGCCGGCGAGCCCCGCUGCCUCCGGGGCAAGUUUCUCCAUCCCCAUCCUUGAGCGGGGGCAGCCCGGAGCCGGGGGCGGCCGCUGCAUCCCGCCCGCAUCCCCGGGAGCGGCGGCGGCGGGAGGGGGGGAGCGGUGAGGCGGCCGUGCCUCUUCCUUCCUUCCCUCUCCCCUCCUCCCCGUCCAGCUGUUGCGUCCACAUCUGUCCCCGUCUGGCAGGAAGAGCCCCCCGGGGCGGCGCAGCUCCGCGGGGCCGGAGGGGAAGCCGCCUGCCCCGGCAGCCGCCCUGCCCUGCCUGGCGUCCUGGGUGUGGGGGGAAGCGGCGGGGCUGCCUCCCCUCCGGCUCCUCUUCCUCGGCGGCGGGCACCGCUACCGCGGGGAUCCCGCCCUGCCUCACAGCGCGGGGGGGCUGCUUCAGCCAGCCCUUCCUCACCAACUUUCCUUUCCCCCCGCUCCCCUGCCCGCUCAUCUUCUUCCCCCCCGGCCCCGGGGGGCGGCCGCCGUGCGCUCCGCGGUGCCACAUCGGGUUCCAUCCCGUUCGGGAGCGGGAGCGCCGCGGGGGAGGCAACGCGGUUUCCAGUUCGAAAGGCACCUGGCGGGACGGGAGCGAACUGCUCUGCAUCCUCCUGGCUGGCGGGGCUGGAGACGUAAAGCAGCUGUCAAAAUGUCAGGUUAAUGCAGGUUUUUUUUUUUUUUCUGGCUGAAGUGGUCCUGGUUGAGUUGACUUUUUGAUGGAUGAUGUAUUUACAUCACUUUUUUUUUUUUUUUUCCCCGUAAAAUGCUCUUCAACAAGCAUGCAUUUAAAAGUAUAAAAAUAACGAGACCUGACUUACUCUUUGUAUAGAAGGAUCCCGUGACUUUCUGCAAAGCGUGGUCCACGUUCCGUGAUGGGGUCUGCACAAAGCCCCAUUGGGUGCAGUGACAUCAAGAUCAAUUGUUUUGCUGUUUGACUCCAUGCAAGCCCAGGCAGAUCACACUUACAUUUUGGUUUCUACACAAUAGGUCAUGUGGUGGUGUUUCCUUUACAGAGCACCCAUUAAAGUUAUUAAGGGGUUGUUUGUGGAGUCCUGUCAGAUUGAGGCCAUUCUUCCUUUGAGCUUUUGCUUCACACGCCACAUACAUCCAAGAGGCAGCCACCUUUAAACAGAAAGUAUGUGUUGUUCAACAGUAGUAUUAUCCCAUUAUGCAAGGUGAAAAGCCAUUUUUUCCUGGAGCCUCCUAAAUGUGACGUGUCAUCCUGUUUUAUUGCUAAAUGUUAAUUUUGCAUUUGCAGAUAUUAGGCCUGACUGAAGGGUUAUUAUAGUAAAUAAUAUAUGACUAUUGCAUCAUGUUGGAAACAUAGUCCUACACAAACUUUCAGCUUUAAUACCACUUCUGUGUGGCGGUCUUCAAAAUGUUUUAAAAGUGACAGAAUAUGAUGCUUUAUUAGCUGUAGUGGUGUUAAGUGUGUUCAAGGGUUUGCUCUCAUGGAGAUUGAUACUUGUGUAAGGAAAAUGUGGAUUAUGAAGGUUAUUGAAGCAGGUUUGUGAGCAUUAGAUCCCAGCCAAUUCUUACCAACUGUUACAGGUUGGUGGGAUAUUCUGUGUCUGAGGGCUGUGAGUGAAUGCAAAGCUGGGAUCGCCUGAAGUUCUAAGCAGCUCUACAAGUGAUGCUUUUGCUUAUCUUAGUUUGUGUCUCAGUUCUAUUUCUGUGAAUCAGAUAUAUAUAGGAAAAACUGACUGCUGACAUAAUUGGAGUCAUAAAAUGCUGCUUUACUGGUUGCAACUUACAACAAUAUGCAACAUCGAAUAUAAAUAUCUUUCUUUCCAUUUAAUUAAAAGUGAUAUAUCUUUGCUAAAGAUGAGACCCAUAUUAAAUAAUUCAGUAGCACUUUAUUUUAUAACUCGCAAUGCAUUAUUUAAAAGUGGCUAUAUUUAGACAGACAACUCCCAUUUAGUUCAGGGUGUUGUAUGUUUGCUGUUGUAGUAGUUGGUGAUCAGUGGUUACAUGAAACCACUAGAGCAAGGAACAUCAGGGAGCUGCUCUUUUACGCAGCUAGUCCCUUUCAUUCAAAUUAGAUUUGUUAAGCUUCACUUACUCCGUGAAUGUGUUUGUAAGCUAAGAUUUUAAUUAAAUGGAUUUGGUUUGUCUUACAUAAAAUAGACUUUUGGAAGAACCCAAAACAUGUAUAUUGCAUUUAUCAUUGAUGCCUGUGGGCUGCUGAAUGCUCUGUUUUUCUCUAGAGGUUGCCCAUAUACUUACUUGAAGCAUUUCAGCAACGUGGUAUUGAUUCCUUAGCCCAGAACUGUACCCAAAAGUCUCUGCUGGUAAUUGUUUUUAUUUUACUUAAGGAAGAUGUUAUUUUUAGAUGUUUUGGUACAGUUGAUCAUUUGUGAAAGCCACCAUAUGGUGAUACUUUGCUGACAGAAUCAUUCAGGAGUGGAUUUUUUUUAACGUGUGUAUUAGAUUUAGCAAAUGUAUGUAUGAAAGCAAAGCCCUUUUGCUAGCACAAAUGUAAGUCUCUAAGAUUUGUAACACCUGUAGUGCUCAAAGGGAGUUUUUAAACUUUGCCUUCUUCCUAAAUAAAAACAAUUUAAUUAUUUGACUGAGGCCAGGUGAUGAAAAAUGGAAUGGGAAAAUGAAAGAAUACUAUAUUGGCAGAUAUAAUUACACUGAGUUAAUUGCUUGUUUGUGAUAAGCUGGUUGUAUGCUCACAGUUCUACUUAGAAGUCUGUUGUUCAGUUUUGCUGUAACUUGCCCACACUGGAGAGCAACUUCCUCUGCAAACUGCUAACUUGAUUUCUUUUACCCUAAAUUUUACCCUAAAUUGCUAUGAGAAACAGGUAGCUGAUAGAGCUGGACGUGUAUGUCACUUCUAUUCUGGCUGUAUUUUUGGUUUAUGUGUAUGUACUCCUCACAUUUUUAGAGUACUCUAAAGGCAUGUCUGUCUCAAAAUAUGGCCAUUAUUAAUUUCCUUGAACAGAAAACUUUGAGAGCAACAUGUUUUGGUGUCUGCAAACCUGAGAAGGAGUUGUGGUGCAGAGGACUAAACUAUUCUCUGGGCCAACACCUUGUUUGUACCUAUGACCUGUUUGCUCAAGCUCUGUAUGUGGUUUUGAGUGACUCUGUAGCAGAAGGUGUUGUUAGGGGAGUCAGGACCAAAAUUAAUUAGCACUUUUGGGAGGUUAAAGCCAUCUUCUUCAAACCUCACCCUGGAAGCUGUUGCAUCUGUGGAGCUCCUAUGUGUUCCCGGAGGAAAUGCAAGGGAAUAAAACAGGUGGCAGGUACCUUGUGAAAUUCAAGCAGUUGAGCUGAAAUCCCCAAUGGACAGCGUUGGAACAAUUAUUGACUUCAUGAUGUCUACCCACAAUUUCCCUCCCUCUGGGAGACCUGAAUAUUUAGUGCAUAAAAUUUUUUGGUAAAAAAGACUUUUGAAAUAUGUAUUUUGUUUUUACAAGGACUUUGGAAAACUAGCCAGUUUUGCGGUAGCAUAUAUGAUGCUGUACAGUGUUAUAUUAGGGAUUUAAGUUGUGCGAAGUUCUUCAUGCGUCUAUGUGAAAUUUGUCUUCUUAACUUUUAAAGAUGCUGGUUAAGACAAGCAGCGUUGAUGCCUUUCUUAAAUGAAACAGAUGACUUUGGUUCUCUGGGGUUGCAGCCUGAAAGCUCUGCCUGUCAUGAGUGGGAUUGUAGUUUCUUUAAAAUUAAUCGCUGUAGUGCAAAAUAUGUUCCUUACAAAGAUGGUCUUGCUUCAGUUCUUGAUAGCUGGGGCCUGUCGAGAAGGGAAGGAUCAAAUUAGAGUUGACACUUUUAAAAUUCUGCUCAUCUUAGGGCCGAGCACAACAUUAAUAAAUGAAACAGUCCCUGGAUACUUGGAAGUAGAGUUGUCAGAUGUGCACGGUCGUAGUUCCUUCUCUGGUCUUGAAUAUUCUCUGCUAAAAAGUGGAUAUGAAGAAUAGCACUUGCAUUGCUGACCUGGCUUCCUGCUUUAAUGGGUCCACGUGCAGUUAAUCGGAAAGCUCUGCUGGGUAUGUGUUUUGCUCUCAAAUCUGUGAUUGGGUGUCUGACCUGGGUUUAUUUUUGGAUGAAGCAGACAUUCUGGAGCAGAAAAUAUAAAUCAGGAAAUGCAAGAAAAUAGGGUGUAUUAAAUGAGAUAAAUACACUUGUAAUGUAUUUGGGAGAAUAGUUUCUUCCUCUCCUUCACCCCCAGUGGUUUUUGUUAAUAAUGAAAUUGCUGUGGUGUGGGAGACGUUCAGAAACACGGAUGUCUUAUAGUUGAUGGAGAUGACAGUGUUGCUUAGUUAAAUGGAAUGAGCUGUUACUAGAAUUAUCUUUAUAUAUAUUUUUUAGGUAUCCUAAGUAUUUAUGGAGUAAUAAAACUAAAUUAAUUAAAUUCCCCACUGUGUUUUUAUUUGCCUUAGUGGAUAACACCAGCCAUUUAGGAACAGCCUACAAAAAGUUUCUAACCUUUUCCAUAUGGUGACAUUUGAUGGUGCCAAGUCCCAGUAGUCACUUCCUGUUUGUUUUUGGUGCACAUUUCUGUGCGAUUGCUAUAGCUUGUUAAUUCACCUAAAUGUAAAGUGCUGUGGUUGAUACCAGCCUUGGGCUUCACAAACACCAUUCUCCGCAAUGUAAUCUGCUUUUUGUAGCUUUUGUUAUUUGCUAAUUCCUGGUUUACUCAGCUGAAUAGUGUUUGAUUCCUUUCUGGUUAAGGAAACCUGAUUUUAUGUACCAGAAGUUCCCAGGAAAAUGCCACAGCAACAAAUUUAUCCCUAAUGGGGAACCUGAGUGUGCGUUACGAUUGUCUGAAUCUGCAUAACUUCAACAUGCAUUGUAAUUUGCAGCUUAUUUUUCGAUUGCAGUCACACAUGUAGCGUCACCAAACUUUACCAUUGUGUUUACACAGCGUGGAGCAGAACAGAAGCGACCAAAUGCACAGCACUCAUCCUCAAGUUCUUGGCGCUGGUCGUGCCUACAGAAAAGGUGGAAAGGUGCUGCAGGGUAUCUGUCUGCGGUGUUUCUAUUUUCCCUAAUAUUCACUCUGCAGUUCAAUUGGUGGAUGAGUGCAUGCACUGUAUAUCCAUCCUUAGUGAAAUGUUUCACCAACUUUUUUUCACAACUGCUGUAAAAGAUCUGGCAAAUUUGAUUCCCUCUUCAGACUCAGUUCAUCAGUAUAUCCUCCUGAUACAUGCAGACAAAUGCACUCAUGCACAGAGUAAUAUAUUUAAGGUUUCGUAUACAUAUAUAGAUAUUAUUCCGUUCUAGAGUAUGCCUGGAAGAAGCAAACCAGGUUUUAGCGCGAAAUGGUGUGCAGUAUUUGUUGCUUCUCAUACUUGCUGUGUCUCUACCUAAGCUUUCAAAAAAGGGUCCAUUAAUGGAAAAUUUUAGCCAAAGAUAUAGGAGUUUUGGAAAGUUAAAGAUGACUGAACACACUAUGUAGAGGCGAGCAGACUUAGAGUGGAAAGAGUUACACUAUUUAAGGCACAGUGGUCAUUACCACUCCAAAUUCUGACACAUGUUUGUAUAAAACUGAAAUGAAAUCUGCUAAGGCAUUUUAGUGAUGCAUGUAUUGGCAAAGCUUAAAUUGCUAGCUAAGUACCAGAAAGGCGGGGCUUGUAACGUUUUUUAGUAGAUAUUUGGAAGCACAUCUUGGAAGAAAAUGUUACUUUUGGUGUUUUGUUUUGUAUUUUUCCUUUCCUUUUCUAGACUCUUUGAAGGAUUAAUGCUACUUUGUAUUGAAAGAUAAGUGAAUUAUACUUCCCCUCACCCCCACCCUGUGCCAGCCAGCUGGUCAGCUGUGAAUGUGGAAAAAGACAAGAUAAUCACACUCUCCAUCCUUUAAUGUAAGAGAUUUUGUUUGUUUUGUGGUUUCUUUUCCCAAAGGAGCUGAGGAAUGCUUUUCUGACAAAAAGAUCAGGUGAAACACACCGAGUUUGUUGUGUAGCUUAGAGAAAAUCCCUCAUUUUAAGAGUCACAAGAAGAGACUAAUUGAAGAACGAGUGACAACUGGGAAACCCUUUCUGAGAUGCCUUAUCUUGUGAACUUCAUGCGCACAGUCCUGAAGACACAUAACAGCCACGUCAGAGCUCACUCAAGAAAGGACUGUUCUGUAGUGGGGUCUUUAUCCAUGUAAAGCUAUAUAGAUAAUUUGUGGACAUUUUGAAUUGUUUCCAGCAGUUACAUCAGAAUCCAAGAUGCAAGACUGCUGUAUGACUACUGUAUGACUAGCUGGACUAGCCAAGUUAGUCUGGGUAUCUGUAGCUGAAUAUGUAGAAUUACAGUGAUUUUGUAAUUGAAGCAGUGAUCAAAAGAAUAGACUGUCUGUCCAUCACAAAGUCUUUAUCUGAAGGGAAGCAUUGAGGCCUCUUGACUGGCUGAAGAUGAUAAAAGGCAGUUUAGACUAAUAAUCUUGCUCUGGAAUGCUCCAAAAGGUUAACUUAAAAAAACCAAAACAAAACUAAUGUUACUGUCAUUUUCUUUGAACUCUGACCAACCAUGCUUCUGGUAAGGGAUCUAUAGAACAAGAAGUCUGGAGACCUCAAAAUCUAAGUUCAAGAAGAAGAUAAUGUAAAGUGUUGUGUGUUUGUGUGUGUAUUCAUUGAAGCUCAGGACAUGGAGUUUUGGCUACAAAAUAAUGUUUCUGUAGUCGUUCUGCUAUUUUGGAUGUUUUUCUGGGAUAGGGAUAAUUAAGACGUAGUUUGGUGUCUUGUGAAGGUAGCUCGGUAGCUCACUGGUGGAGGACCCACAAGACCAAUAUUUUGUUCUGGCUGGCCAUUAAGUUUUUGAGAUUCUACAUAGGUAUUUGUAAUGUAGGUGGAUAUGAUGCUAUAAAAUUAUUGACAGUGUGGCUAGCUUUGUUAAUUUUUUUCAGUUUGAUACGUUGGUACUUGGACUUUUAUGCAAAGAGAGAACUCUUUCUUUCACUUUUGUAUUUGGCACCUUCUUACAUUACUGUUUUAUCCUUUCCUCUCAUGCCUCCAAAAAGUAAGUUGCAUUGUCUGAAAUCUUCCUCUAAAAACCUAAGAACAAGCUAGUAAAUAGCAGUGCAGGAACCGUAGCUCUGCUAUCCCAAGUUCAAGCCACAACUCUCAGUUUUCUAGCAAUGGCAAAAAAAAGCCUGGCUUGGGAGCAUCCAUAACUUACAUCUUCUACAUAAUGAUAAAAAGAAGCUUCAUUUCUUCUUAAUGUAAGCAUUGCGUUUAUCACAGCAAACAAGCUUAAUGCUGACUGAAAAUAAAUAUUAUUUAAUUCGUGUGGUAAAAAAUAAGACUACUGCGUUGGAAGCUAUUUAAAAUAAAACAAGAAAUUUAAUCUAGUAAAACAUUUAAGCACAUACUGAAACACUUCAGUCCUGUACACUUUUAUAUGAUUAAUUACUUCUUAAAAUUAAGCCGGCCCUUAAGUGCUCAUUGGAUGCGGGCCAUAAAAAUUUCAUAUGUGAAGUCAGAAUGUAGUUGAUUUAUAAAACUUUUACUGUGUAGGAAUUAUCCUGAUAUAUUGCACAAUUAUGAAGAAAGAGCAAAUAAUUUUUUUUUCCAGCUAAGUUUUUCGUUUGACUAAUGUUCCUGUUUAGGAAUAUUUCACCACUUAGAUACUGAAAGCACAAUAGGAAAAACCUGAGCUGCACUCCUGGGAGAGUUAGCGUUAUUGUAAUGAAUUCAGCAAGGUUUUACACUUAAUGAGAAUUUAUUUGUUUAUUCGAUGGGCGGCGUGAUAUUUAUGAUGAUCUGAACUGUUCAUUUCCUCGCCUUUAAACAUCUGGGGGUUGCAAAUGGUGUGAGAUCGCGCUACAUUAUUGUCACUUAGCAACCUUAAUAGGGUUUUGAAGCUGAAUAGUGCUUGUGGGUGGUGAGUCUCCCCGGGUGCUUGCCGAGUCGGCAGCCGCCGGGAGGAUGCGUGUCCAGCCAUGCCAAGGUCUUUCUAGGAGAGCCGGCCGUGCCCUCGGUGUCGUUUUGCACUUCUGGCAUAGAUUCGUGCUGGGAAGAUCCGCCGAGGUUUUUCGUGCCUGUGGAGAUUUAAGUGGAUCUAAAGGGCUGUCACGCUGCUCUGGUCAGUUAUGUCCUGUUGUGCGGUCGCUUAAAUUUAGCAACCGAGUUUGGCUGCCUUCAGCUUGACAGCUGGUUGUCCUUGUAGCCGCUGCGAUGCUCUGGAGCGAGAGGGAGCUGGAUGUCUCCCCAGCUCUUGGUGAGCAGGGUGGCUUGUUCUGGUUCAGCUAAGGGUGUUGGAACGGACCAGCAUGGAUAACCAGCAGUGCCGGCCGCCCGUCGGGCAGAGGCUUCUUCCCUCGCUGUGCACGCUCGCUGUUGAUGAUGAGGACGGGCACAUACUUCUGUGUUUGUUUUAAUGCUCCCAUAGAGACAUCUUGCUUCUCGUUCUCUCCCUCCUUUCCCGCCUGCCGCUGUCACGGUUUCUUCAGGAGUUUGAACAGAGAAAGGGUGACAUCGCUUUUCCUUUCAGCCUGUGCCUCUGCCAGGUUUCUCCCAAUAAUGCCCAUAAAGAGGGGAGCUGACCAUGACCAAAAAGUUUGGGCAUGGAGUGUUAGAGAGGGUGCAGAUGUACGUGGUUGCUCCUCUGGAUAGUGUCACUGCGCUGCCUCCUCCUUCUGUGGCACUGGGAGCAGAUGGUUCACUGGGCAGCUAUGGACUUGAAAACUAAUGCACCCUUUUUGGUGACUUUUCCAGCUAUUGUCAUUUUUUGCCUAAUAUCUUCACACGAGUUACUCUGUAGACAAACGUUGAUUGGCCUCGGGCUCAGAGGUCUGUUAAAGUGCAAAAAGAGAGAGCGAGAAGGGUAAAAUGAGGUUUGGUGAGACAAGGAUCCCAUCACUGAAAGAAUGUGGUGGUGUUCAUGGUAUAAACAGUAAUCCUUACUAUUGUAUAUUAACUUGAUAUAUUUAUAAUAUGUGGAUUCUGCCUGGGAAGAAUGCUGGGAGGAUGCAGAUCUGCCACAGGGAGAUAGUGUUAAGUGAGUUACUUGGGUGUGAAAUGAAGAGCCAAUAUUUGUGAUUAAACCUGGUCUUUUAUGGAAAUAAUAAUAAAAAAAUGAUAUUUACACAGCUUCUCAUUACAGACAAACAGGAAUAACCUUCAGAGCCAUCCAUCUGAUGUUGUCAAACUUGAUUUUCUUUCUGAGUGAGUGAACUUGUUUAAGCAAACUUUGCAUAUAACCUAGAAGUUUUCAUUAUCAUGUUUUUGUAGGGGGGAAAAAUAAUUUAAGAAAACUUUUUCAUGUAGCUCAGUUGACUGCAUCUUGGUUUGUUUGUUUUUUAUUUGUUUGUGGUUUUUGGUGUUCUUUUUUUUGGUUGUGAAUGAGUGUUGGGCUAAUACACGUAUCUGUAUGCAGCUUCUUGCCUGCUCAUGGAAGCACAGAGAGGACUUUUACCUGUAUUGAGUCCACUAGUUAACAUUUUGAAGAGAUAACAUUUUUGUCAGUGUACCUCAAAACUACGUGCAGGCAAGUUACCCUUUAUACUUGAGACACUUUACUGCUUAGGCUCAUGGUCUCCAAUCUUCCCUGAUCCACUGGCAACUAAGCUUUCAAACAUUCAAAGGCAAUUACAAAACUUAGAGGCUGUGAUUGCAUCCUGUCUACUAGGUGACAAGCUUUUUCCCUUGCUAUACUUGGUACAUUAAAACAAAUACUCUGGGCUUCAGAAGGUUGUCAGAUUUCUACCUGUGCCCCUGAUGCUGCAUUGUAAAACUGUGUUCUGCUGCUUCUUCAGCAUUUCUAGGGAAAAGAAGAUCCUAAAAAGUACAGAACUCCUGAAGAGCUCUUGUCAAAAGUGAACUAUUAAAUGUCCUGGCAAUGUCAAGCUGUAUGCUUAAAAACCCAUCAUUGCUUUUAUGUAUUAUCUCACGUUACUUGGUGUUGCCAGCUAAAUGCAACAGCAGUGAAUAGUACUUUUUUUCAUUUUUUUUUGUUUUUUUAAAGAAUGCAUAAUCUUUAUUCCAGUUUCUUUAAGCUUUGCAUUUUUUCCAUAGUUCCGAUUAUAUGUACACUUUAGAUUUCUUACUUCUUGCAUAAAGAGACCGGUAGUUCUGUGCAUAUGUAUGUGUGAAUGUGAACCAGGACUUUUUUUUGCUUACCUGCUUAAGGUAAAAAAAAAAUAAAUUAAAAAAAAAAUCAAUUUUUCGCCUGGUCAUUGUGUGCACCGCUGAGGAGGAGAUAAAAGGAGUUAAAAUCACAGGUUCUACUCCUUCCCCACCCUUCUUCAGCCAGGGAUCUGCUGCCAACAGUUUUACAAAGGGCUCCUAUUUCAAAUUACCCUUUGAGCCCGUGAUAAACCUGUGUCCCUGGGAGGCAGUUUUACAGCGAGGAGCUGGAAAUUACUGGGAAAUCUUAUAUUUUUCUAUUGAAGUAAGAAAAAAAUAAAACGAGUCACAGCCAUGGCAAGAGGCAAAUGAGCUUCUGCUGAAUUUUAUGCCAAGGAUGAUUAUACCUUUUCUUUGAAAUGUACACCAAGGUUAUUUAUAGCUAAUCCACAGUUUAAAUUACUGUGUGUAGGUGUGAGAGGUUUUAGAGAGGGACUUUUUUCUAGGAAAAAAAUAUUUAUGAAUCAUAAUUGUAGUUUGGGUUGGAAGACACUUUGGGAGGUCAUCUGGUCCCAGCUCCGUGCUAAGAGGAGGGACAUUUUCGAAGCAACAUUGGGUUGUCUGGAGCUGUGUCUCUCUGAGUAUCUUACAGAUUGCUAGAAUAUGGUUCCUGAUUUAUUUCUAAUUAAGUAUUCUCUCUCUUCCUUUUCCACAAGUGUCAAAGACAGCCUAUGUCUGCUGAGGUUUAAUACCUUCAGAAGAAAAAGAAUAACUUAUUUUCAAUGGUACGACUUUAAGAAACGUCUUAAAAAAAGGAAAGUGCUGUUCUUCUCCCCCCCGUCUCCCAUACCUUAUAAAAUGGAGCAGGGGAAAGAUGGUGUGGUUGCUGUCUAUUUAUAGAUUCAGUAGUGUGCCAGUGUACAUUUAUUAUACCUAAUUAGGAGUGUUCUAAAUAACUUUUUGUUUGCAUUACAGAUAAAGCUGUGUGAUUACAGAUCAAUGGCAUGGAAUCAUGUCAUGCCUUAUCAAGGUCUAAAGUCUUUCUUCUGCCUUUAAAUGAAAACUCCCUGGACAGAUUGCUGUUUUCAAAUACUCUGCUUACUAUUAUACCUGUGAUUUAUUUGCUGUAAGACUGUUUGUAUGCUGCUGCAGUUAAAAUUUGAAAGCUAGAAUUUUGAGAGGUGCUCAGGGGAAUUGGGAACUAAACUAAACAAAAAUUUCCUACAAAAGUAAAUUGCAAGAACUGAAGUUAUUUCCACAUUUUUCUUUUGUUGCGGGUGUCAUUCUGCAUCACGUUUGAUGAGCUGGGUUGGUCACGAUGUGGUUGAGGGUGCCGGGGUGGUGCUGCACCAUCCUUCCCGCGUCACUGCGGGUGAUUCUGCACCUCUUGCAGGUGGUGACAGAUAGCUCACAGGUCAUGAGUAUGGUGCAGAAAAAGACCCACUGAAAUGCAGCAAGGAAAUGCUUGGCACAGAGGCGUGAUAAAAUGGAGACUUCUUGGCUGUUUGUAUCCUGGGCAUGCUUUUAAUGCUUUUCCUCUGGUAAACUGCUUGUCAUGGACGUGAUUAUAAAACUUAUCCAACUGUGCAGUGUGGUCGAAAGACUGUAGGUGUCCUGUUUGAGCCCAAGCUUGGUCUUCCAUUUCACUUGAUCUUGGACCACUUAAACUUUGUCAGUUGUCACUAAUACCACUAAUCCAUUUUACCGCAGCAUAUAGUGACAGAGAAAUACUGAUGCCAACUCCUCUCUCCAAGGUGUUAUGCAAUACUAAACCUCUCAUUCUCGAUGUGUGCAGAAUUUUGUCAGGUACAGAAAAGCACUUCUGUGUUUUUUUCCUUUAUUGGGGAGAUGUGUAAUGUAACUUAAACAAAAAGAAAUUUAUACUUAGCUUUAUGACAAAAACAAUAUGCAGUAUCCACAGAAGAAAAAUAGUUGAUAGUGCUGAAUUUUGCUUGAAAAAAAUCGAUCAGUUAUUAAAGCCUAAAAAUAUGUGCAAGGCAGUAUUAGAAACACAUGUGAUAGAACUUUUGUUCUCUAGGUAGCUACACAGUGUAUAAAAUUGUUAUUAAUCUUUAUAGGUAUAAAUGGGAAAAAUGUUCUGACACCUAAGGUUUAGUGGUGGCUUUUAAUUGCAAAAUUACCUUAUUUUUAGAUUGAAAGGCUGAAAAUCGCUAGCAGUAUCUUGUUAAGUGGUAUAAUAGGCUGAGUUUUUUUGUUCUUUGGACCCUACUGAAUUUGACUGAAUCUGCACUUAAUUUUUACCCUAGGGAAUGGACCUUACGGGGAGAAUUUCUAUACACACUAUCUGAAAACUGCUUAUUCUCAGAUUUUUUUACUUUUUCCUUCACCAUUUUGUAUAGCUUGGUUUUUCUCAUCUUUGCAGAUGUUUCUUCCAGGUUUAAAAUUCAGGAAAAGCAGUGCCAGGCAUGAAGCCUGAAGUUCAGGCAGUUCCCUGAUAAAGUUCAGAGUAGUGCCUAUUAUAGAAGCACUGUUUAUAUAGUUCCAGCUAAGAACAUCAUAGCAUGUCUAUUACAACUACCUCUUUUUAUGUAUCGGCUGUAAAAACUAAUUCUAAACUGAAACAAGAAUGUGGUCUUGAUGUUUUAUGGCUUAGAAAUAACAUAUAGUGAAAGCCCAUUUGAGAGCAUUCAGGAAUAAAUGCUGCUCAUCAUUGCAGUCUCUUGGCAACCUGUGCCGGGUUCAUUGCAUACAGGCAAGCAGCUGCCUGAGCAUUGUUAUUUUCAUGAGUUGCAUAGAGGAGAGUGUGAUUUGAAAUGUCAGCAUCCUGGGCUUUGGACAACGGGGAUGGAUGUGCUUAGUGUUCCUAAAGGCUUCUGUGUGAGAGAGCAGAGGGUGGAGAGGGCAGCCGGUGCAUUUCGUCAGUGCAGUUUAAAUGGCAUAGUGUAUGGGACAGGUUCCUUCUGAAGCUGGAUCAAAGCAGAGGCAGAGGAUCAUUUGCAAACAGCAAAGUAACAUGGCAGCAGCUUUUUGGGCAAUGUCUUGGAGACCUGGGACUACACAUCCCAGUAGAUGCUGAAGUUGACUGUCUCUUUCAGUGACCUCUAAGUCUGUUGUUUUGGCCUGGACAUGGGCAUAAUGUUGUCAAUGAAUAGGACUGUUGUAGCUUCUAAAGGUGUUUUUAUAGAACCACAGAAUCAUAGAAUGUCCUGAGUUGGAAGGGACCCACAAGGAUCAUCGAGUCCAACUCCUGUCCCUGCACAGGACAACCCCACAGUUCUCACCAUGUGUCUGAGGGUGUUGUCCAGUCUCUUCUUGAACACUGUCAGGCUUGGGCCUGUAACACCUCCCUGGGGAGCCUGUUCCAGUGCUCCAACACCCUCAGGGUGAAGAGCCUUUUCCUAAUAUCCAACCUGAACUUCCUCCCUUCAUGUGUUGUCACAGCCAACAGAGGCUUAAAUGAAGACUCGGUGGAGGAGAGGGUGUUUAGUGCAUCAGCAAGGAAGGACAUAGUACUUGAUCCUGGAACAUGUCUCUUGUGAGGACAGGCUGAGAGAGUUGGGGUUAUUCAGCCUGGAGAAGAGGAGGCUUCAGGGAGACCUCAUUGAGGCCUUUCAGUACUUAAAAGUGGCCUACAAGAAAGAUGGGGACAGACUUUUUAGCAGGGCCUGUUACAAUAGGACAAGGGGUAAUGGUUUUAAACUAAAUAGAGGAGAGACUCAGGCUAGACAUGAGGAAGAAAUUUUUUACAAUGGUGGUGAUAAACCACUGGCCCAGGUUGCCCAGAGAGGUGGCAGAUGCCCCAUCCCUGGGGACAUUCCAGGCCAGGCUGGACGGGGCUCUGAGCAACCUGAUCUAGUUGAAGAUGUCCCUGCUCAUUCCAAGGGGGUUGGACUAGAUGAGCUUUGAAUGUCCCUUCCAACCCAAACUAUUCUAUGAUUCUAUGAUCCACUUGUGUGUAAGCUCCUGCUCCAGACAGAGAACCAGACACAGAGAAAUAAGGAAUAUCUCUGGAGUAGGAGUGAGAGUGUAUGUGAUUUUAACGCUUUGUGCAGUGUGCUUAGUAUGCACCUGACCUUCUGCUUUCAUAGUAAGCAGAUCACACUGAUGGCAUUUAUAGCAAACAAGAAACAGGAUUUAAGUGCUUGUAGGUUGUGCUGACUGCUGCACGUGUGCCUAGAAAUAUUGUGGGGCAGCUUGGUCAGGAAGGUGACCUGUGGGUGUUCCACCUCUAGCACUGUGUCAGGUGUUACUUGUUGUAAUGGCUUCGUAACAGUUUUUCUCCUGGAAGGCAGUGAUGCUUAUGGGACAUGGUUAGUUCAUAAAAGGGAGGAUGUUGCCUGGUGGGCAGCAUCCAACCUAUGAAUUUUUUCUUGAUUUUUUCUAUAAUGUGUAGCUCCUGAUGCAAUGCAUUUUUUGUUUUCCUCAUUUCUCCCCAGGUGGGUUCCUACCCAUGAAUUCAUGUCAUUUCAGUUAAGAGUAUAUUUUUAAUUGCUAAAUAGUAAAUAGUCUAAAUAGUAAAACAAGACUGCCUGCCUCCUCAAAAAUCCAGCUAAACCUUUCCGUCUUUCAGGAGUGAAAUAAUGAUGUUCUAAACCUUGUAUGUAUUCUAAGGAUAAGAAAUUAUUUUAAUUUAAAAACAUUAAUUUCCCUAAUUGUCUGCUACACAAGCGUGGGAGGUGUAGUAGGCUAGUGGGAUCAAAGGACAGGGGUUGUGGGUGCAAGUACUGGAAGUCCUUCUGUAACUAUUAAGAAAUUUUCAUUUUGCAAGGCAUGUGCAUUCUAAAACGUGUAUUCUCAUGCCAUAAUUAUCUGUACUUGUGUUUGUGAACUUAUGUUUUAAAGCCUAUCUGUCAAACGAGAAAGACCAGAUUUUUUUUUUCUUGUAUGUUUGUUUGUUUGUUUCCUGUCUCAAAUGAGCUUGGAGGUUCUUCAGAAAACAUUUUAAUUCCUGAAGAGGAAGUUAACAACUUCUAAGCUGGGAUGACUACUAUAGAAUCUAUUGAAACACUUGUUUAAAACGCCUUUUAAUUUUUUCUCCAGUUGAAUUGUGCAGCACUUAGCCAUUACACCAAAUGCCUGUGAGGUCUGUUGGUUACAGUGAUGGGAAGGGGGGUGACUGCCAUGUGUGAGCUGUUUCAAGUUGUUUUCUGUUCUUGUGGUUUUUCUUUUCUAAAACAACUGGAUAGCUUCAAAGGACUUUUUGUGUUGCAGUGGACACCAGGGUGAGGUGCUGGGCCAUAGCGAUGAUUAGAUACGGCAGAACGCCGAUCAACAGCUAUUUUCUUGGCUGGGAUAAGCAUCAUGACCUAUUCGGAAAGCAGCAGUGUCAGAAUCUGUGCUAACACAGGAUCUGUGCUCUGCCUGUUCCUCAAACAGAGGAGUUCCCUUCCAGCUUUGGUAAAAUAGCUGAUGUUUUGGGGUGUAAUUGGAUGUUCUCACCUUUGUUUUUUACCACAUGUACUUUACAACUACUUUCCAAUGAAACUGUGCCUCUUCCUGUGGUGAUGAUGAUUAUUAUUUUUAUUGUAUCACGAUUUACAAUUUCAGCUGAUACAUCACACAGGUGUCUACCUGGAAGACCGUCGUGCAGUACUGAGGUGCCUUAGCUAGUCCUAAAUGGACUUGCUUGUCUUCUGGAUGCAGUGCAGCCCUCUCAGGCUUUGUUGCUAACGGAGCUAAUUAGCUGGGGUGUUACAUCAUGCUCAAGCAGUUAUCUUGCUUCCAGUUCCAACGUGCUUCACUUAGCGAUAGCUCACAUAUCUCUGCAAAACACGGCAUUGUAUUGUUUGGGCCUGUCCCGAAGUACUUAUGAGGAGAGAUUUAUAACAGGGUGCUCAGUUCUGCUUCCUUAUUUCUUUGGUCUUUGCACAGCGGUGAAUUAGCUCCUCAGUUUGGGAUGGUUUCUUCCGUGCUCCUGAAGGCCUCUUUUUGCAGGUGGGGAGCCAGUCUUUUCUUGAUUGUGUGCUUCACCACCAAACUCACCUUUUCACAUCUUGGCCAGCCCUCAUGCUUUGCCAAUUUGCAGGUAACGAUUGCCCUGGAGCCACUUGCCUUCCCUUCCCUUCCCUCUGGGCUUGUUUAGCAGCUGAUAUCUGAAGGGUUACCUGAGGAGGGAGAGGGAGUUGUGUCCUUUCACUCCACCGGGGGAGGAGAAUCCAAAACCUUGCCCGCUCUCUGUGGGGACAGUAUUUGCUUUUUCGCACCUGCUUGGCGCAAUGAAAUACCACUGCGCGAUGUGCAGCAAAACUCCAGGAACAUCCUGGUAAUUGCCUCACUUCAUUCAAGCACCUGUCCCAGCAGUGGAUGUGGAAAAUGGUACGAGGAAGAACAGUCUCAUGUUUUCAAACUCUUCAUUUUUUGUGAUCUGUGUCCCCAGUAAAUAGUUAAUGUAAAGCUGAAGUGAAAAGAGAUUUGGAGUGUCCUAGUCCAAGCAAAAAUGCCGACACUAUGAGGUGGUCUAAUCAGGAUCAGAGCUUCCCUGGUUCAGAAUUUUCCAACGUGUGUUUGUUACUUUUUUUUUUUUUAAAUUUGUUUGGUUUCUUUAAUUGUCCAUUGACCUAAGAAAUACAGUUAUUGUAGUUAACAAUACUGUUAUAACACACACUGACAAAAUCCAGAUAACUCUAAGUUGGGCUGACACUUGAUCCUUUACUCAUGCUAUUGUUCCAUAAUAUUUUUUCCUCCAUGACAUCAUGAACUAUGAAAGUGCCAACAUUUUUUUUUAACUGCCUAGCCUUUUCUUCCUUCAUGCCAUAACCUUUAUAUUUAAAAAUAACUUUUUAGUUUUUUUUUCUUUUUGCAUGUAGUGUAGAUUUCAAGAGGAACCUGAUGGCUAUGUGAGAAUGUUUAACGUCUGCGGUGGUUUCGCCGCUGUGUAUUCCAAGCAGUUGGCACAUGCGUUUAUCUGCAGGGGUACAAUGACAUUUUUCUCGGCAGCUGUAUCCAUGACAACAACUGGGAAUGUCCAUGCCUCCUCUUCAGUUUUCAGAAGAAUAUGAAUUCUUACCUUCCUAAUGAAAGGCCUGGAAGCAAAAGCUGUGCAGUUUUAAUCAUGGCAUAUUCCCUUCAGCCAUUCAAUAAUGGCCUCUCGUAAGUGUUUUAGUAUCAAGAAAGUUUCAAAAGAGCCCAAUUAAAAUGCGUGUAUGCAUGUGCACUGAGAGAAGUCUCUGUUUUGUGAUCACUUGCUACAACCUAGGAUGAAUUGUGCAAUUGUUUGAAAAAUGAGGGUACUUGGGAAGUUCAUUUUGUUUUCAUUGUUGACAUCUGUACAAAGUACGUAAUUUAAACACUUGGGUACAGGGAUAUGAGGAAGAGUGUGUUGUUUUGAAAUGCGUUUCUGCAACACGACAGAGCUGUUCUCCCUGCGUAUCUAAUGAUCAAAGUUACUCCUGGGUAGUGCACUGUCUGUCUGUCAAUGUCAUCUUUAAAUCCAGUGAGUAGUAUGUGAAGUGGUACAGAAGUAGUAGAUGGGGCAGCUCUUCAAGAGCACUCAGCAUCCAGCAAAUCCAAAGUGACUUAUUUACAUGCCUGAAUGGGAGUUGUUGAUGCUGAAUGCUCUUGAAAAUCUGAUGGUGUUUAAAGCAGUCUCUUAUUAUGAACAGAGCAGAAGUUGGAAAAUAAAACAAAGGGCCUGGCUAACUUUAUUUUCUCGUAAACAGAAAUGUGAAUUCAAGGACGAGGCCAAUAUACACAUCCUGCUAAUAUAUAGGCUGCCAAAAAGCAGCGAUUUCUUAGGAGCUGAGAUUUUGAUUGCUGUGAAAAUGGAGGUACAAGACUUACUGCUUUGGGAGACUUACCAUCCGUUGUAACACCUGUUCUGCAGAAUCUCUGCUCUGUUCUCACAAGUAGUUUCUGGACCUCUAGGAAGAGCCAACUGUACCUCGUACCAGGUUUUCAGAUCAUUCAUUGCUUUAGGAAACAAGAAACACUGUGACAGAUGGUAGAAGUAUUUAAACUGGUUUAUUCAUAGUUACCUGUAUCAAUGUUAUCGAUUUUUAUUUCAGAUGAACAAGAAUGUGGGAAACAGUGUAGAAGACAACUUGCUUACCAUUUUCUGUCUCUUGCAAGGAAGAAGAGGGCAGGGGAGUUGGUACUUUUAGCUUUUGGGAAUUUGCAGGAGGACAGGGGACUCAUAGCAGUGGUGGAAGGAGAGGCUUCUUAGAAGCCCAGAGGGGCUUCUGAAGAACAUGUUCAAUUGAGGAAAAGACAGAACUGCUGGUCUACAAAGCAGAGACUUGGCCUCUAAUGCUGUAGGUAGUUAGGGAGAGGUUUGUAUACAAAGCUUUCAAAUGUUUGACUUGGCAGUUCCGAAUUUUCGCUAUUCAUAGGUAUAUUAGAUGUUAUAAUAAAGUAUUAGUUCCAGGGUUCUGAAUUGUUUGGUGCCUUUUGCUGUGCCCACCAAAACGGAAAGAAUGUAGAGGCUAGAUGGCUAAUGGCUCUGACACACCACCAAACCUCAGCUUAUGACUGCUUAGGCUAAGAGCAAAAGCUUUUCCAUUCCCAGGCAAGAGGAAGCAGCUAUGACAGACUUGGGAGUCCCAAAGGACCACCUGGAUCCCCUUCUAGAGAGAAACUAUUCUCCAAAAGAGAGAACAGCAUGUCUGGAGAGGCUGUUAGGAAACUAUUACAUGGAACAAUUGUCGGUUUUCCCAUUGGUGCAUGGACAAGCCUGGCUUAUCUGAUGAUUUGUGAGAGAAACUGGAGGCAGGAUGGAAGCCCUUGGGAGGGGGAGAAGUAGCCAAAUGUGCAUGGGUUUUGAUGUGGAAUGAAGAGAGGCCUUCUCUGCCUCAUUGCUGCAGCUUCUGAACUACAUGGGAGGAUGAUCAAAAGACUUCUUGCUGGGAAGGGUGUCGGGGCAGUUUCUAUUCUGUUUUGAGCUCCCAGACUCCCAGCAAAAGACCUCGGUAGAUCUGCCCUGGUGAUUCAAACCCCAAAGCUUUAAUUCUUGCUCUGAAACAGUUUCUCAUGAGUUUAGUGAAUGAAGUAAAUGGAAGUUCUUAUUCUGAGCAAAAUCUUGGAUAUGACAGAGAAUAUGGCCCUUUUAUCCUUGCAGGAAAUUACGAAAGCCUUGGAAACCUAUUAAUUGAAAAACCAAUUAAAAAAACAUCGCUUCUGUUACAUGAGCAUAGUUGCCUCUAAGAGAACUUUGAUUUUGCAAACAAAGGCAGCAGAAUUAAAUGUUCUAUUGUACCAGAGUAAGAACUGUCUCUCCUUUUUGAAAGCUCAGUUGCUGAAGUAGUACUUUACCGUGGGGCUUGCGAAAUGUCCGCAGUCCUGGUUAUGCAUCCACAGACACCUUUUCUUACUGCACAUCUUUAACCAGAACAAAAGGACGCACAGAAGCUGUCGGUGAAUUUUCAAGACGGUGACCCCGGAGAAUGACCUUUGGCUGUGGCACAUGGGCUGGGCACCCACCGGGCACUUUGGGUUUCUCUCUGUUUCUCGGCUACGGGUGGCACGGCUGGAGGGGUCACCUUCCCUUUUCUGAGGGGGAAUUGAUGGGCAGCACCUGCCGCAGUGAGUCAGCCGGGCCGGCCUGGCAUCGGCCGUGGCUUCCUGCACCUGUCGGGAACGGGUGCCAGCCGACAUCUGACAAUGUCAAGAAAAACAACGACUCAAGAAACAGCGGUGGGCUUCACAUGCAGUAUUUUAUUGCUGUUCCCAGGGUUAGUGCCCUAAUCACCUCCUUCCAUCCCUGCGCUGCUGGGACUGCCGCCCUUGCUCCUCUUCCGCAGCUUCAUUUUCUUUUCGCUUUUACAUUCGUUACAUCAUCUCGUUGCGAGUGAUGUUUGGUUUAUGCUCAAUGCAUACCUGAUGGAACUACUCAUUUGAGCUCUUGGUCUCUAUGCCAAUAAACAAUAUGCUUUGGCAGUGCCCAGCAUUUUUUCCCAGUGAAUGUGUCAAUGGUUGCAGGGACUGGAUGGCAAUAAAAACCCGUGGAUGAUCUUGAAAUAAGAUGCGUCACACCACCUUUUUUUUUACACUUUGUAGCUAUUAUGUCCAACAAUUUUAUCAAAGCCAGUACCAUAAGUUUUCUCAGAAAAAGCUAUGCAGCCAUAAUUCAGCAGUUCAAUGAACUUUUUUGUUUUAAACCUCAGUAUUAGCUUGGGGAAUCAAUUUAUCAAUAGAACAGGCUAUUUCACUAGGAAGAUCUAAAAGAGGGAUAAUUAGCUCUGUAGCUGAUUCUGUCUGUCUGUCUUUUGUCCAAUGGAGUCUGGAAGGAACUUAAUAGAAUAUAAAGUAUUUUAAAUUUCAUUAUCUAAAAUUGCUUUCCUUAAUUCCAUUCACUUUGCAUGUUGCAACACCGAAUUAGUGUGUAUUCUGUUCAGAGCUGCUAAUGAACUGCGUUCCAUUUACCUGGUUACUCUUAGGCUUCUCUAAUAAAGUAAUGAACUAAUAAACUUCAGAGUUGAGGUACAGCAGAUGUAUCUGGAAAAGUGUCUGGUAAUAAUGGACUGAUCUUCAUCUGUUUUGUUACAGACAACAUAGAAAAAGAGUCUAAAUUACGUAGUUUUUUGAGGAAAAGUGGUCUUUGGUGUUUGAUAUGGAUAUAAUUUUCUAGGUAGAUCUUUUUGCCACUUCAGUUCCCGUUGUCCACGUAUCAUGUCCAUGCAACAUUUCUCAAGUAAUCUUUGAAUAAUUACUUUUAAAGACUUAGAAUUUCACGAGUACAAAUGUUAAUGUCUUUUUCAUUAGAGAAUUCAUACUUCUUUUAUCAUGCUUUGCCUUCAAGAAACUGCUUUAUGAUGCAAAUAAAUAUAGAUUACAUUUGUCAUCUGAAAUGCUUUUAACCAUUAGACUGAAUAUAAAACCGUAGUGCUUUUUGAGGUGAAAAUAGAUUGUCAGAAAAGCCAUAUGAAAAAUUAAUUAAAAACCUACUUUGCUGAACCAAAGCUUUUUACAUAAAAAUUAUGCAAUGCUAACAGCGUAACAGAGGGAAAUUUAGCUUUCGUAUUGUGAAUGCAACUUUCUUUUAUAACCUCUGAAAGGAGUAGGUAAGGUGGGAUUCAUGUUGCUUCAUUUCACUGAUGCCAAGGUUAGUCAUCUACCUUAUCAUGUGAACUCCCUCUAUAGCCAGUGGAAGGAAAAAUGUGCCUCUCCAAAGCAAUUUAUCCCGUUUCCCACCCCAUCUUUUGGGCAUCCCUUUUCUUUUUUAUCAGUUUCUUUUACCUGGUCAGACUUUACUUUAUCCACAUGACAAUCAGUCAGCAACGAGACUUGCUGACAUGAAGGCUAACGUGUGCCAGGGGUUUCUGUAGGAUUUUGUGACUUCCCUUCUCCUCCCUCUUCCCAGAAAUUUAGUUUUCAGGUGUGCAUUAGCCAUUUUGGGGUGCAUUCCUUCAUUCAUUCUCUUCUGCUGUAAUAUACAUACUUUCUCCAGAGACUUGGAGGGGAUCUGCUCUGCUCCCAAAAAGGUGGCUGUGUUGGUGCUCAGAAGGGAGUUACCACCUCUUACCUUGCAUUUAGGUCACCUGAGGAAAUGCUGUGUUAAUCACCUUAGAAGAGCGGGUUCAAUAAGAACCCAAACAAGAUAGCCUUGUAUUUGGAUGCCAGGAACAAUUCGCUCACAAAUAACGUUCUGAAUGCUCAUGGUCAUGGUUUCACUCACUGCUCAAGGCAAAUCUCCCAGAUCUAAUCUUUCCCGUGCCCUUUUCCACUACAUGAAAACGACUUUCAGUAGGGCAGUUCUACCAGUUUAAGACUGCUGUGUAGAAAUACAAAGUGUCAAACGUUUCAUGAUUGAUUUUGUUAAUAUCUUCAUGGAAAGUAUGAAUCAAAACAGCACGGGAAACAGAAUUGUAUUUUCAUUUACUAAGUAUAUUGGUGGAUUGAGUCUACACAAGGCUUAGGAGCUCAGCUGACUUUUGCAGGAGUGCACAGACUGUGUGACAGGCAUUAAAAAAGGAUGCUUGCAAAAUGGGGAAAAUGCAUCUUGUAACGAACACCUGAGCCGUUUCACUUCCCUUAUAGAUAAGUAAAUAGAUAAUACGUGUAGAUGAGGUUCAUUUAAUGAGAACAAAGGCAAGGGCAGCUCUUUGAUGCUGGAAUAUUCUUUAUUAGAAGACUGCUUUAAUCAACUGCUGUUUUAGACAAGGAAAAAUGAUUUUUUAAAUAUAGGUGUUAGUUAAAAGAUGUUAGUGGAAGUUUUUAGGAUGUAUAGAUGACUCAAGGUCUCAGGUGUCAACUGGCUGAGGUCACCUUGGGAGUCAGGGGGCUUUAGUAAAAGUUCCAGUAUUUCUGCUUCUCUGUCUUUUUUCUCCCUCAUUCCAGUGUUUUUGCAUUUAAGUCACCUGUGCCAUUGUAUCCAUCCUUAAAUUGCCCAUAGGAUAGAGGCCAUCCACUGCAAGAAGGCUGUUGUGUGGAUGUGAAGGGUGCUGGGAGUUGAGCAGGAGUGCUUUCUUUCUUGUGUUUCCUUUCUGAUCUUCAUAGCCCCCAUCUCUUACCUGACCCUGAGCAGGCAACAAGGAGGAGCAGAAGGAAUGGCUGCCCCCUUCUUGGAGCUCCUGGCUGGUUCCAUCUCAUGUUUCUGAGCUGCUGAGGGAACUGGGGCUGUUCAGCCUGGAGAAAAGGAGGCUGAGGGGAGACCUGAUCUCUGUCUACAAGUACCUGAAAGGAGGUUGUAGCACGGGGGGUGUUGGUCUCUUCUCCCAGGUAGCAAGUGAUAGGAUGAGAGGAAAUGGACUCAAGUUGCACCUGGGGAGGUUUAGAUUGGAUAUUAGGAAGAAUUUAUUCACAGAAAGGGUUGUCAGGCAUUGGAACAGGCUGCCCAGGGAGGUGGUAGAGUCACCAUCCCUGGAGGUGUUUAAAAGCCAUUUAGAUGAGGUUCUUAGGGACAUGGUUUAGUGUUAGAGUUAGGUUAUGGUUGGACUCAAUGAUCCUCCUCCAACCAAAAUUAUUCUACGACUCUAUUCUAUGAUUCUCUGCAGUUUGAACUGCAUAGAUACUGAUAAGAAACGCAGAUGUUUAAAAAUAUCUCAAAUAGCUGAAAAUGUUUGGAGUGUAGCUUUCUAUUUACUCGUAGAUGGAAAUUUUCUUUUCCUUCAAAGUGUCACGCUCAUGGAACAUCCCAACCGGGAAGCUCAAAAUAUUGCUUUAUAUAGAAACAUUUCACUGUGCAGUUUAGCCAAUCGGGUGAAUUCUUUCUAUAUUAGAUUAUGGGGGAGUAAUAAAUCUGACAGAGGGCAGUGGCAUAUAAAAACCUUGAGACACAGAAUAGCCACGGUACAUACUCGAAAUCUUGUAUUUAGCUGAUUUGUGAGGAAACUCCUGGGAAAUAAGAGUUAGACUAGGCUCUGGGUUUUGUCGAAGACAUAGUUCUAGAGAAUCAGUGGAGCAACAAGUAUAAAAGAAGGAUUACUACUGAAGCAAACCAGUUCUUUUCAGAGGUGGAAAAAACGUUAUUUCAAACUUCGAGGACGUACUCUUUACUAUGCUAAGGAUUCAAAGUCACUAAUAUUUGAUGAAGUUGACCUGUCAGAUGCCAGUGUAGCUGAAUCGAGCACAAAAAAUGUCAACAACAGCUUCACGAUAAUCACUCCAUUUAGGAGGCUGAUAUUGUGUGCUGAGAACAGAAAAGAAAUGGAGGACUGGAUAAGCUCUCUGAAGUCCGUUCAGUCCAGAGAACACUAUGAGACCGCACAGUUUAAUGUGGAACAUUUCUCAGGGAUGCAUAACUGGUACGCCUGCUCCCAUGCCCGACCUACCUUCUGUAACGUGUGUAGAGAGAGCCUCUCUGGAGUCACUUCUCACGGCCUGUCUUGCGAAGUGUGUAAGUUUAAAGCACAUAAAAGGUGUGCUGUCAGAGCAACAAAUAACUGCAAAUGGACUACAUUAGCCUCAAUUGGAAAAGACAUCAUUGAAGAUGAAGAUGGUAUAGCUAUGCCUCACCAGUGGUUAGAGGGUAAUCUGCCCGUCAGUGCCAAAUGUGCAGUCUGCGACAAGACCUGUGGCAGUGUUUUGCGCCUGCAAGAUUGGAAGUGCCUUUGGUGUAAAGCUAUGGUUCACACUGCCUGUAAAGAUCUAUAUCCACGUAAAUGUCCACUUGGCCAAUGUAAGGUAUCGAUCAUACCUCCAACAGCACUAAACAGUAUAGACUCUGAUGGUUUCUGGAAAGCCACAUGCCCGCCAUCCUGUGCCAGUCCUCUUUUAGUUUUUGUUAACUCAAAGAGUGGAGACAAUCAGGGAGUAAAGUUUCUUCGUCGAUUCAAACAGUCGUUAAAUCCAGCUCAGGUGUUCGAUUUAAUGAAUGGAGGACCUCACUUAGGUUUGCGGUUAUUUCAGAAGUUUGACAACUUCAGGAUUCUCGUGUGUGGUGGAGAUGGGAGCGUGGGUUGGGUCUUGUCAGAAAUUGAUAAGCUCAGCUUGCACAAACAGUGUCAGUUAGGAGUGUUACCCCUUGGUACUGGAAAUGACCUUGCUCGUGUCCUUGGUUGGGGAGGAUCCUGUGAUGAUGAUACACAACUUCCUCAGAUUUUGGAGAAACUAGAACGAGCCAGCACAAAAAUGUUAGACAGGUGGAGUAUAAUGUCAUAUGAACUGAAAUUACCAGCAAAGCCUUCUAUUCUUCCAGUGACUGCAGACGAGUCAGAGGAAUGCCAGAUAUCUGCUUAUGAGGACUCAGUUGCUGCUCAUCUUGCAAAAAUUCUCAAUUCUGAUCAGCACUCAGUUGUCAUAUCAUCUGCCAAAAUAUUAUGUGAAACUGUAAAAGACUUCGUUGCCAAAAUAGGGAAGACUUAUGAAAAACCUAUGGAAAAUGCAGAGGAAGCUGAUACCAUGGCCAUUAAAUGCACCGAGUUAAAUGAGAAGCUAGACCUACUGCUCCAGGCUCUUCACACAGAAGCCCAGGCUGCUCCCAUUCUCCCAGGCAUCACUCCCCCCAUUGUAGAAGAAGAAGCAGAGGAGUUUUCAAGUGAAGAAUCCCUGUCUGAAAGUAAAGAGCAAUUAGUGGAGUGUGUGUCAAAGUCUUCCACCCAGAAACUCUUCAAACCGAGGGAGCAGUUAAUGCUCCGGGCAAACAGCUUGAAGAAGGCGGUGAGGCAGAUCAUUGAACAAGCAGAAAAAGUUGUGGAUGAGCAGAAUGCUCAUAGUGAAGAACAAGUGAACCAGUCCCCACUAGAAUAUAGCAAAGAAUUGGAUGAAUCCAAAGAAGAGGAAAAAGAGGAAGAUACAAAGGAACUUGAGUCCCCUUCAACGAAAACUGCACCACGAUCUCCAGAUCGACGUACAAGCCGAGGUAUCCAUUCUCAAACAGGCUCUUUCUCUGCUCCAGCUUUGGCUGCAAGCAAAGAAAACCUCCCAGUACUUAACACUAGGAUUAUCUGUCCAGGCUUGAGGGCUGGUCUCGCUGCUUCUAUUGCAGGAAGUUCAAUUAUUAGCAAAAUGUUGCUAGCAAACAUUGAUCCAUUUGGUGCUACACCAUUUAUUGACCCGGAUCCGGAUUCACUGGAGGGGUAUUCAGAAAAAUGUGUCAUGAACAACUACUUUGGAAUUGGGUUAGAUGCAAAAAUUUCACUAGAAUUUAAUAACAAACGAGAAGAGCACCCUGAAAAGUGCAGAAGUCGGACAAAAAACAUGAUGUGGUAUGGAGUUCUUGGCACAAAAGAGCUACUGCAGAGGACUUACAAGAACUUAGAACAAAAAGUUCAACUUGAGUGUGACGGACAGUACAUCCCCCUUCCAAGUCUGCAGGGCAUAGCUGUGCUAAACAUUCCCAGCUAUGCUGGUGGGACUAAUUUCUGGGGUGGAACCAAAGAAGAUGAUAUAUUUGGGGCUCCAUCAUUCGAUGAUAAAAUCUUGGAAGUUGUUGCGGUAUUUGGCAGCAUGCAGAUGGCAGUGUCCAGAGUCAUCAAACUGCAGCACCACAGGAUAGCUCAGUGUCGGUCUGUGAAGAUCACCAUACUUGGUGAUGAAGGGGUUCCAGUGCAAGUCGAUGGAGAGGCAUGGAUCCAGCCCCCAGGAGUUAUUAAGAUCAUACAUAAAAACAGAGCUCAGAUGCUAACACGAGACAGAGCCUUUGAAAACACCCUGAAGUCUUGGGAAGACAAACAGAAGUAUGAUUCCUGUAAACCUGUCAUUCGAUCUCCCUUGUACCCUCAGCAGGCUGUUGAGUUGGCUGCAGAAGAAGAAGUUGCACAGAUCCAGCUGUGCUCACAAGCUGCAGAAGAACUUAUUACCAGGAUCUGUGAAGCAGCAAAAAUACAUGGCCUCUUGGAGCAGGAGCUUGCUCAUGCUGUUAAUGCGUGUUCGCAUGCAUUAAAUAAAGCCAACCCGAGGUUUCCUGAGAGCCUUACCAGAAACACUGCCAUGGAGAUAGCUGUGAAUGUGAAGGCCCUACAUAAUGAAACUGAAUCUCUGCUAGUAGGCAGAGUUCCUUUGCAGUUAGAAGCUCCCCAUGAAGAGCUGUUGUCUGAUGCUUUGCACAGCGUGGAAAUAGAGUUGAGAAAACUUGCUGAGAUACCUUGGCUUUAUUAUGUUUUUCAACCUAAUGAUGAUGAGGAUCCCUCUCUGGAUUAUGCUAAAAGAAACAAUAGAAGUACAGUGUUUCGCAUAGUGCCAAAGUUUAAGAAAGAAAAAGUUCAGAAGCAUAAGACCAGCCCUCAGCCUGUUCAAAAAUGGGGCACAGAUGAAGUUGCUGCUUGGCUGGAUCUGCUCAGUUUGGGAGAGUACAAAGAAAUCUUCAUCAGCCAUGACAUCCGAGGCUCUGAGCUUUUACAUCUGGAAAGGCGAGAUCUUAAGGACCUGGGGAUAACGAAAGUGGGUCAUAUGAAGCGAAUUCUGCAGGGAAUUAAAGAGCUCGGCAAGAACACCCCUUUGUCUGAAGUGUAAUUAUGCUGGUGCUCUCCAUAGAGAAGGGAAAGUGGCUGGAGGAGCAAAGCUGUUGCAGGCACUUGGCUGUCUUUGUAGUUUACCCUGUGGAAGGAUAAGCACUGGUGUGUUUGUACAGGCUAGGAUCUCUGAAGUCUUGUAUGGGGAAGAGCUUGCUGCAAGAGUAUAAAUGAUUUGUGCCAAAAAAAAAAAGGAAAAGGUGAUGUGUUCUGCAAAGACGUCUUCUUGGUGUGCAAACUCGGCCAGUUCAGAUAAGCACAUUUGGGUAAAUUGAUCAGUUUAUGGUGAACUGCACUGGCUGGAAAAUAUAAUCAAGAAAUGAUCGCUUUGCUUACGUGCAGCUCUGUAUGCCUCUCUUUACGCUGCAGCAAGAUCCCACUGUACAGCAUGAGGUUGUCCAGUUAUUCUUCCGAGGCGAAGCUUCAUGAAACCUCCUGUGCAGGAGAGCGAGAGGUUCUGGAGGUUUCCCAGGUGAGCCCAGCAGCGCCGCGGGGAACCAGCGCUCCCCGGCCACGCAGGAAUGGGGAGAGAAGUUAUACCUUGUGAUACCAUGAAUGCGAACUGUAAUGCAUGGUGUGCCUGCCUGAAUCGUCUCUUGUUCUGUUGCAUGACACAUCCGAUACUUUAUAAACACUUGAACAACUUUUAUAUCUGUUUGAAUGAGAUUUAAUUUAUUACUACUUGAGCGUCUUUUUUUUUUUUUCAGUUUCAGGCACUUUUCUAUUCUUCAGUGUUGUGUUAUGCCUAAAAUGUGUUCUACGGCAAAGGAUGUGUGGGUGUGGAAACUUAGCAUUUGUGCCAUAUCUAGCAGAUUAUAUGCAUUAUAUAUGAUUGAAACACUGUACAGUCAGAUUUUUAAAUAUACUAUGUACAGAAGAUAUAUCAGGUAACUAACUUAUGAGUAUUUUUGAAAGACUGGUACCUCACAAAAAUAUCAAUUGGCUUCCUGCAUGGAAAACAAAGAAUUUUCUCAUGGUGCAUUUUAAUGUAGUUAUUCAGUUACCUUAAACAUCUGUAGCAUAUUUGAACUUUUAGGCACUAAAUGUUUUAUUUAUUGUUCAAAAAGCAGGUUGAAAGAUUAAUGGAAAUUUUUUACAGGAAGAUUCAUUUUAUUUAUCAUACAUAAGAAGAGUUUUAAAAUGUAGCAGCUGAUUUGAUUUUUGUGGGGUAAGCUUUCACUCAUUGCUAAUUAACUAUUAACUUAAAAAGUCUCUGUGUGCAUUUUUUUACAAAGGCAUUGAUUCACUUCUUGUCAGCACUCCUACAUCAGUAGAUCAUAAACAUUUAAAAAACGAAGUCUAAGGUUUUACACUAUGCAUGCAAAGAUGAAUCACAUGCAAGGUAGUAAUCCAUGAGUGUAAACAGGUUAAAAAAUGAAAACCAUCUUUGUUUAGAAGUUGCAUUAGACCAGAGUUUAUAAGGUUAUUUACAGUUUACUUAAAUGAAACAUAGCUUCAUAACUGAAUUUCCUGGUUAAUUUUUCACAAAAAUGUUAAUCUAGUAGAAAAAUAAUUUGCAUAUAUCUACAAAAAAACCCUACUUAAAUGUUUGAGAUUAUAUUGCAUCUCCUGCCAGAAAACUUGCACAGAAUGGCUGUUUCCUUGCUGGUCCUGACAAGGUGUCAUUGGAACACUUGACUUCUACUUAAUUGAGUAGCUUUGACAUUUCUUACAGGUUCAAGAGUAUCUUAAUGUCUAUGUAUGUUUUCCUUGUAGGCAGCAGCGUAAAGUGUCAUUUGUUUUUUCCAAAGCCUAUUUUCUCCAUUUAAAGGGGCCACUGUCAAGUACUGCAUCCUGGUUUUGCCUUCCCUUUCGCAUGAGUAUGGUGCAAGUCAUCCCUUGGAAGGUAGAUGAGAAUCGUCCCUUGAAAAGUAAAAUCUAUUCCUCUCACUGUUUUAUUGCAAGAAAAAGAAAAUCAAAAGGAGCAAAACAAACUUCAUUUAUAUCCAGUUAUAGUACCAUGUGCCCUUGCUGCUGUAGGUUCAACAGGCACCACACUGGGAGCUCUGUAGACAUACUAUAAUUGAUUAUCCUGGUGCACAAACAAAAGUAAAAGGCUAUGUUCCAUUAUGCUUUCCAUUAAAAGAAACUAAAAUCCCUUUGCCAAGUGACAUGUUGUAUGAAAAGCAUAUGCAAACAAUGGGAAGUUAGGCAAACAAUUGAAAGAUUACUUUUUUUUUUAAAUGUACUUGACAUUCACCCCUUUAGUGAUGUUCAGAUGGCACCUGUCAAGUCUUCACGAGUUGUAUUUCCUUUUCUCUUUGUUUCUCUGUAAGCUACGCUAUAUUUUAAUGUGUGGCAGCGUUCUUAUAUAUCUGUGUUCCAGUAGCCUAUGUAGUUAAUCUUCCUGGUUGAUUCAAGGACACCAUAUGUGGAAGAACUUUCGUUGCUUUUCUGAUUGUAGGACACACUCUCUUAACAACUUUCAGCCUUGCAAUAUGCAAUGCAUUCAGAUUGGCUAUGGAAUGAGAUCUCUUCAGGUUGCUGCAGAGGUCUGCGCUGCAUCUAUUAAUAACGGGAGCUGCUUUUAGGCAGGGAAAAUGGACAAAUGUUGUUUGUAAUGCAACUUUCUUAUGGCACUCCUCAAAUUACCUCAGUAUAGGACAACUGAUCAAUUGUCUUUAUGUAGUUCAUUUUUUUUAAAUGACCACCAAAGAAUUUAACUUCAUUUGCCCUAACCAGAAGAUUUUUUUAAACAUGAAAGUAGAAAAAAAAAUGUAAGCAUUGUUUAUGCUGUAUUUAUUAGAUGCCCAGGAGAGCAAAUUUUAUGCAACUCCAUGCCUUAGACUAGUGUUGGCUAUCAAAUCCAAAUGCAUCUGACAAGUAGGCUCAAAAUACUUUGUAGGGUUUUCUGCAGAGGUGAUGAGUCGUAACUGUGUUUAGUGACGCGGCUUUUCUAAAGAAAGACUUUUGAAUAAUGUUACUCUCUCCUGAUUAUUGUAAUUUCCAAGUUUGAGCUUUUUUCCUUAAUGCUGUAAAAGUCCCAGCUCCUGAUGUUUAAAGUGUUUCAAUGCAACAUUUCAACAAAAAUAGGAUAAACACAUCCCCUAGAAGUACAAAGUUUUUCAGACAACAAGUAGAUCGUGUGGAGCCUGAUUUGACAUGCUAGAUUCAUCAAGACAAAACAUCACUAGACAAAUUUUACUGGAUGAAUUUUUUUCCUGUAGCCAAAUACACUUAAUUUCUGUGGUAAGUCCGCAUCCCUUGGAAUCUGAGAGGAAUACAGAGCAAUCAGCAUUUUCUUGAAGUGGCUGGUAUUCACAUAGAUGAAAUGCCCUACACCUCAGAAGGAGGAAGAGGAGAAACGCGUGUUUUAAAACGGCAGCAGGUUGCUAAAUGCAUGUUUCUCUUUUGUCCUUUUCAAAAUGGGAUUUUUCCAGCUCACUGUAUUCAGUUGCUGUAGCAACCUCUGAAUCAGGUUGUGCGAGUAUUGCUUUUAUAAUGCCUAAUGCCUUCUUCUUAGAAACUGAAUGAAAUCAGGCAAACUCAUGGUUGUAGGGGGUUUUUUACAAAAUUAAAAAAAAAAAACUUGUUCAAAAAUGCAAAAUUUUAUAUGAUGUCAAUUGCAAAUUUUCUUUAUGAUACAUUUUUAUGUAUUUCCCUGUUACCACUAUUUUUAUUCCUGAACAUGUCAUUCUUUCAAAGAAAAAUAUUUUAAACAUGGAAGAAGAGUUAAAUGGAAAGCGUGUGAUCAAAAACCCUCCCAGACUAUUUCAAUACUGUAUUUCCUACUCUGUGACUGGAGUAAACAUCCUGUAAAUCAUAAAUAGAAAUAAUCUUUCUCUCUCCAUCCCUGCCCAAAGAAAUUCAUCCUGCAAUGUUGUAUAAUUGUAAUUCAAACAAGAAGAAUUGAAUUUUUUAUAAUGGCCAAUUUCAUAUAGUCCUAUGGCUUUUGUGAAGAAAUAGAUAACCUGCCAAUCUUGACUUUUUAAUUGAACUCAGCGAUGCUAAUUCACUUAAAGAAAAUUUCAUAAUGCCUUGAUAAUGAACAAAUCUUAUUUCAAGGGUAAAGUUAUCAGUGUUUUUCAGUGCAUCUAAUCUUCCUUUCAGGAAGACUGGCAGGGAACCUUUUUCACAUGAAAUGGAAAAUUAAUAUAUAAAGCAAGUAUGAGAGGAUGUUCCAUAGUCCUACUUUAAAAAUAGAUAUAGAACUACAUAUUAUGCAGUGAUAAUUCCAGAAUGGGCAUAUAAGACAAAACCCCCCACAGUGAUCUCAUUUUGUUUGAUGCUUCCUUUUAAUGAUUGCAUUACUAAUGUUUACUACUGUUUCUCCAUUGAUCUCUCUGUGCCUCUGAGUAUUAAGUUCUUGCAUAUAGGUUUGACAGCUCUGGUAAUUAAUACUUAGCAGUGUAAAAAGUCUUUCUGAAAGGUAAAGUCACAGUGAUACGUAUUGUUGAGGAUAACAGAGCUGGACCAAUACAUUUAGCUUACAACCAGGAAAUCAUCUUGUCACUUGUGUGAGAGCCACAGAAAAUUAAUUGAAUAAUUAUAAUUUUUUCACCCCAAGAACAAAAGUACCUCUCAGCUGCAGUGUCCUGAGUGUCACAUUUCUACCACAGGCUCUCCCAUUUGUUUGAUUUUGUUUUCAUAGAUUGUAUGUUUUGUGGUAUGAUUUUCAUAUCAUCGAGGUUUGAUGCUGCUUAUUCUAAUUGCGAAGAUUUAAUAUUUGCAGGAACUGUACAUGACUGUAUUGCUGUCUUAAGUAAAAGGAGGAGGUUUUGAUGACUUGAGGAUGCUGAGGAGUUGAGACAGGACUUAAAAUAUCUCUGCUGCCUCUUCAGAGAUGAAUGGUAGUGUCAACAGGAUUGAUAAAGCAUCAUUUGGUAAUUAUCAAUAGAAGAUCUUUACUGGUUGUAUAAAUUCCUGUAUUUAUAUAUAGAAUAUAGUGUGGAAAAUGAUCUUUUUUACAAAAAGAAAAAAAAAAAUUCUAGUUCUUUUCUACUACUGUUGCAUUGGGUUUAAUAGCUCUGUUAAUAGUUAGCUUGUGUACUUGAAAUGCUCAUUUCUGCCAUACAGAAGCCCAGUCUGUUUCUCAGAAAUUCUAUUCCAUUUGGAAGCCAUCUGGAGGCUUCCAGGAGACUAUUCCUGUAGCCAGUUGGAGCUAAUACCAAAAUUCAUAGCAACUUCUGUAGGCUUAGUAGUGGUUGUCCUCAAUAUUGUAACUCAAAAUAUAAAGGUUUUGAAAGGUUGGGGUUUCUUUUAGUCUGUAGAAUUAAACUUAGAACAUCAACCCCUCAUCAUCUGUAAAUAAAAUAUUAGCAUUGUUAACACUUUGGCAAACUAGCCAAAUGCUGGCAAUGACAGACCCUAGAGUAUUCCUGGACAAAUUGUAAUGAAUUUAGCUGCAGUGGUUAAAGACCUUCCACCUUCAGAGCAGUCAACAGAAAAUUCAUAGACGUACAUGGCAGAAUUAUAAACUUUUAUUUUAUAUAGUUGAAGACUCUGUCUCCCAGCUGAAAGAAACGCUUUUAAUAAAAGCUCUUUGAGGGGAUUUUGAGUUGUGGAAUGCCCUUUGGAAGAGAGGUGUUUUGGCUAACUCCACCAGCUGUGUAAGACUUUGAAAAUACUAGAAAUUACAGUAGCUAUUAGUAGGACAAGUAUGUAAAGUAUGCAAGUGACUAGUCUAUAUUUUAUUCUAUGGAACAAACACAUUGGAAAAAUAUAUUUGUGAGUUUAAAGUAAUUAGUUCCACCCCCCAUUAUCCCCCCUGCAAUUAAUUGGAAACAAUGAUUUCUUUUAGGAAGCUGUGUUUGAUGCUGGUAUAACUAUGUUAUUCUAGAGCAUGUGAACUGGAAGAUGAAACCAGGAAGAAAUGAACUAAAAGUAAAGUUGGGUAGUGUGUGUUCAUGAUGCAAACUGUGUGAAAAACCAAAAAUAAAAUCCCCACAGUGCCUCAAACCCCUGCUAUGGCUAUUUAAAGGGAAUUAGCAUUUUAAGUCCUACUUUUAUUAAACUAAAAUAUUAAUUGCAUAGAAAAAAAUUUGGUUUAAUUAAUAAUGUGGUAAUAUCAUCAACAGGGAGAGUGUUACAGAUGUGACUGUGGUUUUUCUCCCUGCGUUAGCUGAGGUAAGCUGUUUGGGAACAAUUCUCUUUGCAGUUACAGUCAAUUCUGACAUGAAUGGAGAGGUUGAGGAAAACCCUUGCUGCUGCUCGGUUUUGCUUUUCAGGGAGGGAGAGCAUGUCUGCUGGCAAACGGGGCCUGGGGCUCUUGAGGAGAACUUUCAGAAUAUAAGGUUUUUCUCCUGGGACAGUUUGUGAAGGUUGACAACGAGCACGCAGGCAUGCGGGUGCUCACCGGGAAGGUUUCUAGUGUCAUCGUCCUCUCACAAGAUGCCAUCUCUAGAUAUUGAAAUAGGCAUUUGGACUGUACUGCUUAGCCAGAUUUCAGAGGAUUUUCUACAGGCAUCUGUUCACUUGUGGUGUCUAUACUUUCUGUCCUGGAUUUCUGUCCCCUUAAAACUUGCACUUUGAAAAAUGCAGUUGUCCAUAUAUGACAAAAAUUACUAUUUUUCCCCUCAAGGUGCACAGCUUGUGAACCUGUCCUGAACAAAUGUGUUUCAUUAGCCACUCUCUUACAUCCUGUCAUUUAAAUCCUAAAAGACCUAAACCAUGGGACCCUCCUAGAGCUGCCAGUGGUAUACCUAGUCAGUGAGUUUGCUGAAGCUUGUCUGUUGAGAGGAUCAUCAAAGGGCGAGAUAAUGUUCACAGCAGAUGAGAUGUGCGAUAGGUGGGACGUGACAAGCCAUUGAGGAGCUUCUGAGAGAUGAAGAGGGUCUGAUCUCUGCACCAGAGACCUGGUCCUUCGUUGCUGUCAUCACACACAAAUAAUUUAAUGACCUCUGAUACCAGCAGCUUAAUUCACAGUGACAGCAGACAUAUCAGUUAGUACUAACAAAACUUCUCGCUGUCACAACUAUACAUCCAGAAGCGGGUAUCUUUAAACGCCAAGCAUUAUGUACUUGCAUGAAUUUAUUUGCAGUGUAUUUUUUUGGCAUUCAAAAAAGAAAAUUUAAUCUAAAGGUAUUUUAAAGGUCCUGAGAGGAUCCCAGCCCAACAUGGGUGGUUUCUCUCAUUAGCCAGGCUUGUCACUUAAACUGGUUAAUUACGGCUGUUAGUUAAUUCUGUAGUAACACCCACUCUCUUGCAUGAGUGGAUGCAUAAUGUACACAUGAAGAGUUGCAGAGAUGUGGCACCAUCUAGUUUUCUGCCUAACUCGUAUAUUCGGGUCUGAAUUGCAUUUCGUAGUAAAAAGCUGAAACACACAUUUUCCACUCAAUUCAAAACCACGUUCAAUAGACAAAGAAAUUAUGUAGUAGGGGUGUACUGGUUUAAGUAAAAAUUGCUGCACACUCAGUAGUUUCUGCUCUUUGUUUCCCCUUGGGCCUUUUCGCUCCACAGGAACAUUUGUUGUCUGCAAACAUAUAGAUCUGUUGGGACUGAGGCAUGUGCUUAGCUUCAAACAGCGCUUUAGUCCCUCUUGGAGGUGGCUCAUGUAUUUUAGUUUUAGCAUUUAUGUAUAAGCCUACAGAGGAUUUGGGGAGGUAGUAACUCUUCCUUGCCUAAAAGCUAUCACCAGACUGACCAUCAGUAGACUUACAAAUGCCAUACCUAUGAAUGUUGUUCUCUUGCCAGUAUUCACAUGUGCAUGUGUGUAUAUAUGUAGUAUCUAGUUUGUAGUGUGUAUGUGUUGUGUGCAAACCUGUACAUAUAUAUGUAUAUACAUACCCUGGUUUUGCCCAAUAUAAUUACGCCUACUUGUGUGUAGAACCAAAAAAACUUAAAACUAUACAAUGCUUGAGAUGCUGCAUUGUUUUUAUUGUAAUAUUUUUUAUAUCAGAUGAAUUGCAGGAUGUUUACAGAUGCUUAUUAAUAUUUAACUUAUACAAUGGAGUUGCAGGAUGUUUAUGAUUGUUGUCAGCUAAAGAAUUGUAUACAAUUCUGGGUGAAAUUUUGGCUUCGCUGAAAUCCUUGGCAAAACUCCCUUUGAUCUCACUGAAGCCAAGAUUAAACCCACCCGAAUCUGUUGUUUACUGGCUAUUUUCCUACUGUGAUAGUUGUUUUUUUUUUUUAAAUGAGUGAAAUGUAUUUAUUUUUUCCCAAUGUGAAAUCUGCAAUUGCUAUUUGAAUUUUUCUACAGAACCUGCAAAUUACAACACAGGUGGAAAUAUAUGCCUCAGAGAAUGUACAGAAUUUUUCAUUGGUCUGAUCCUUGAAUAUAUCUAAGAAAAUACCUUCUAAAAUAACUUUUGUAAGAUUUAAUACAGAAUCUUCUAAAAACAGAUCACGUUUCAUACCUCUCUCCACAAGAAGGGCACACAGUGUGGCAGGUGAAAAUGAAGAGUUAUUUAUUGAUGAGUAAGAAGUAGUCCCAUUUAUUUUGUAUACCUACUGAUUUCAUACAGCUCACCUGGCUUUGCAGGUCUGGAGUGAGACACUUGAAGUAUCUUAUCCCAAAGUACCUUAUUGGAAGAAAGAAAAAAUAAAGUUAUGUAGUAUAUGCCUUUAAACUUCUCAUCAAGUCAUGGAAGUAUCUUCAGAGCCAGUCUGUAGAAUGAUUCUUUUAAUAUUUAAUGGAUAAAUAAAACGAUGAAAAUACUAAGUGGUAAGGCAAAUCAGACAACUGCUUGAUAUUAGAGAAAUCACUUGUUUAGGGGACAGAAGGAUCAGUUCUUUAAUAGCACCAGGGAGGAAAAAUACUGUAAUGCAGCGCUUCCUAAAUCCCUUUCCAGGGUAUCUUUUAAUUGUGUAUGCUCUAAGUAUAUUCUUACUGUAAAAAGACACAAGGCUGUGAAACAGCUAAAUAGAUGCAUCUUAAUCUCCUCAUCUAAGGCUAAAAAUAUAACUUUCAAAAAAAAAAGAGCUAUCUUGCACUUUGAAAUAUAUGUGUCCAGAACAGAUAAGUUUGUAUUCAUCAUAGGUAGUCAUCCCAGGGACACAGCAGGGUUUGUAAAAUGAGGUAGUUCUGCCAAUGUUAUCAAAAGCUAACGAAAUGGCAAGCCAGCCUGCUCCCCCGUGAGGCUCUUUCUGAAAACGUCCAUGCAGAAUGCCCACCAGUCCCAGGGGUCUUUGGCUGUAAUUUUGUUUAAGAAAGGAUCAUGUUUCGAUUUCUACUCUUCCCCUUGCUAAUAAGGAAGGAAGCAUGUACCUUGGUUGAACUUUCCAAAAGCUUGUUGAGCUCAACAGACCAAACAGUUGGGAAAAGCCAUAGGCUCAUGAGGGAUACACAGGGCUCUGCCUGGGCUCGCUGGUCUGCUCCUGUGGAUCUGAUUACAGAUUUGGGGUCAAAAAGCUCCUCUUGUGCAGUCAGCAGCAAACUUCAGUGCUUAUUAGUGGGAGCAGACGGGAGCCCAAGUGAGCAAACAACUUCCCUUUUGCAUGUUUGUUAUCUUUCUGUAAUUACAAUCAGGACUGGAGUUCAGGACUCACUGUUACUUGUUGGAAAGGCCAGGAUGAGUAGAGGAUACGUGAGGAGAUGAGGAGGAAGUGGCUGGAGGUUUGGAUUCUGCCUUUGGUUUCCUGCUGUGCAGCUGGUGCAAGACUGAGGGCAACUCAGUUCACCUUUGUGUGCCUCACUUUCUCCACCCCUGGGAGUAAGGAUGCUUACUACCUUUGUACAGCCCCCCGACACCUAUAGGAAAGCAGUGGUAUAUAAGCGGCUCAGUUUUACUGACACUGUUGUACGUAGUUUAAAUCAAUUACUUUUGUCCAUAACACUGCAAAAAUUGCUUUUCCUAGUUUCAGAUCUGACUAUUUGGUGACCUGUCACAUGCUGGGCAGUCAGUUCUGAAGCUUAGUGGUUGCUCUAGUACUUACAAUUACACACGUAGCGGGCUCUGUUUGCUGCAGAAAAGAGUAAACCUUUAAACUGCCUGACAAAACUUGCCAAUGAAGUAUAUCUAACAGAGCAGGGGUGUAACUUUUGGCUUUAUUUACUUGUAAUAAUGGUAAGGAACAGUGAAUUUUGUUUGUUUACAUACUGUUUACAAUGGCACAGUUUUAUUUUUAAUAUAUAAAAAACAAUUGAGGUAUUUAUUGCAUAUACUAUUUUAAAGAUGUUUUAUGUGUUUUCACCUUUGGAAUAUAUUGUUACAUUUCCUUGUACAGAUAAUUUGGGUGGCUUUGUUAAUAUAGUUAGUAAUUUUUAUGACUACUAAGUGACCAGUUUUCCGUGCCUUUUUAUUGUUGGAUGCAUGAUUACAUAUUUAUUAUUGUAUGGAAGUCACUGAGAUGUGUAUUUUUGUAUUCUGCUGGAAGCAAUGGUUGAUUUUAUUGUACAUGAUGAGAUGCCUUCCAUAAUGGGCACUCGUAUGAGAUCUUCCUUCUCAAAUAAACAGAAUGCAUUCAAUGUA